GUUGUCUCUCCCGACAUCUCUGGGCGUUCAAUCACCAGACAAAAAAACCCUUAAAACCCUAGUUUUUUCUUCACCCUUCUCCGCCUCUGAAAAUCCGUUUCAAUCCAGAGAGAAGAAGACAAGAUGAGAGUGAAGAGGCAGAAGAAGAACAGGAGAACCGUGAGAUUCUUCACUGUCUGUUUCGGUUUCCGACAGCCUUUCAAGGUCCUUUGCGACGGCACAUUCGUCCACCAUCUCGUGUCUCACGAGAUCACUCCCGCCGACACUGUCAUCUCCGAGCUACUCGGAGGUCCCGUCAAGCUCUUCACGACCAGGUGUGUGGUUGCGGAGUUGCAGAAACUGGGUAAAGAUUACUCGGAGUCCCUCGAGGCUGCUCAGAUGCUUAGCACAGCUACGUGUGAGCACGACGAGGCGAAACCAGCAGACGUGUGUUUGUCAGAGGUACUCGGAUCCAAAAACUCUGAGCAUUUCUUUCUCGGUACUCAGGACGCCGUUUUUAGGAAAAAGCUUCAGAUGGAGUCUAUCGUUCCACUAUUGUAUGGUCUGAAUAACAGUCUGCAGAUCGACCAACCUUCUGAUUUCCAACGCGAGGUCGCAAAAGACUCUGAAAGAAAGCGGUUGACCAUGACCGAUGCAGAGAAGAGGAUGUUGGAGAAACAGACUGCGAGAAUUUUAGCUUCUAGUAGAGGAGAAGGAGCAGCUGAAGACGAGCAAUGGGAAACUCCGCGAGUGGCCAGUACAAGAAAUGGACUCGGUGUGAAGGAUAAACCCCAGUUCAAGCGAAAUAGAGCAAAGGGACCAAACCCACUUUCAUGCAUGAAGAAAAAGAAGGUGAACGAUGCCAAGAAACCUCAAUCAAAGCCCAAAGCUGAAUCGAAAUCUGGUGGACAAGAGGCAAAGAAAGGUGAAAGCGGUGGAGAAAAGAGGACAAGAAAACGGUCCAGAAAAGGAAAAGCUGGUCCGGAGGGAACCUGAGUGAGUGAAAAACAGUUGUUGUUACGUCACAGAAUAUCAUGUACCAAACACUAGACAAGAACUUGGUGCUGUUGUUCUUUUCUUUGUAAUUCUUUCAUCCAACGCAGUUAAUUUUAGCCUUUUCUUUGAUCA